AUGGCUUCCGAUCUAGACCAGCUCAUCGAGAUGGGCUUUGACAAGGAGAGGGCAGAAUUGGCAGUUAAAAAGACCGGUGGCUUGCAAGGGGCGCUUGAAUGGCUGGAGGAGAAUCAAGACAAGUCCCUGGAAGAGAUCCAAACGUCUCAGCCAGCUGAAGAUGAGGAACCACCGGCUCUCAAACCUGGUGAAGAAGCCCGCAGCUUGGUCUGCAACGAGUGUGGCAAGAAGUUCCGGAGCCAGGCGCAAGCAGAGUUCCACGCCUCCAAGACCGAGCACACCGACUUCUCCGAAUCGACCGAAGAACUCGCGCCUUUGACGGAGGAACAGAAGAAGGAAAGACUGGAAGAGUUGAGGCAGAAGCUCGCCGCUAAGCGCGGUGCGCAGGCCGAGCAGGACAAGGCCGAGCAGAUAAAGAAUGAGAACAUCCGUCGGAAAAACACACAGGAGAACCAGGACAUUAAGGACGCGUUGGAAAAGAAGCAGAGACAGAAGGAAGAAGCGAAGAAGAGACAGGAGAAGUUGGAUGACAGGGCACACCUUUUGCGCGUCAAAGCACAGAUUGAAGCCGACAAGGAAGAGCGUCGUCGCAAGGCUGAGCGCGAACGUGCUGAGCGUGCUGGCGUAGCAGUUCCUCAAGCGCCACCUGCGGCCCCUGCCCCUGCCGCUGGUCCUGUUGCAUCCAAGCCUGCCUCUGCUUAUACUGAGACUCGGCUGCGCUUCCAGACUCCCAAGGGUAAUAUCAUGAAGACAUUGCCCGUCAAUACGACUCUGUUCGAGGUUGCCGAGGCCCUUAAGCAAGAUGACGGCCUUGAGGUCCAAAGCUUCACUCAGACAUUCCCCAAGAAAGUCUUUGAUGCUGAAUUCUUCGGAGAGACAUUGAAGGAUCUUGGUCUCGUGCCUAGUGCUAGUCUCAUCGCUCAAUAG